AUGAAUGCUAUACCAUUGCUGGCCCUCCUGGGGGUCACGACCUUGCUACCCUGUGUCCCAGCUCUGACCUGCCAGAGAAGCACAAUACAGACUGUGAGGAGUGUGGCAGAGCUGCCCCUCAACUGGUGGGGAGCGGAUGAGAAAACUUGCGAGGUCGGCGAGGGUUGCCAAGACUUGGUAAUGCUCCUGUACAAUGGACCCCAGAUCAGCUUGGUGAUCAUCAAGGGCUGCACUAAGGUUGAGGACCAAGAGCCACGGGUGACCUGGCUCAGGACAGGGCCCGGGCUCUCUGUGGUCUCCUACACCCGUGUGUGUCGCCACGGUGACCUCUGCAACGAUGCAAACAGCACUAAGAUACUUGAGGACCCACCUACACCCACAGUUCCAGGGUCCCUGCGAUGCCCACUCUGCCUUUCUAACGAUGACAGCUGUGAGAAUGCACCAGAGCAGGUCUGCCCUAUGGGAAGCACACACUGCUACGAUGGAGUCCUCAGGCUCAGGGGAGAAGGCAUUAGGACCAAUCUCAAGGUGCAGGGCUGCAUGGCCCAGCCAGACUGCAACCUGCUUAACGGCACCAAGACGAUUGGGACCUUGUAUAUGAGCGAAAACUGUGAUCUUAUAGGUCCACAGGCUCUGGAUUGCAACAGUGGGAGCUUGGACACUGUGAGGAACAUAUCAGAUCUGCACCUGAGUUGGACGACUGGCUGGAAAACCUGUGAGGCUGGCGAGGGGUGUUCUGAAACAGUGAUGCUCAUACACAAUGGACAUGAAUUGCACCUGGUUCUCACUAAGGGAUGUACUAGGGAAAUGAACAAAAAGGCUCAGCUCACCAGGCAUAGAACAGGCCCAGGGAUCUCCAUCGUCUCCUACGUGCACGUGUGCCGCGACAGGGACUUCUGUAAUGAUCUGUCUACAACAGACACUCUUUGGACCACACCCCCUGACACAGUGCUAGGGACCCAGCGCUGCCUACACUGCCUUUCAACCCGCAGCUGUGAGAGUGCAUCGGAGCAGCUCUGCCCUGCAGGCACACACUGCUACAGUGGAGUUCUCAAGCUCCGGGGAGGAGUGAUCAUCUCUGAUCUGAAGGUACAGGGAUGCACAUCGCGGUCCCAGCCAGGAUGCAACCUGCUCAAUGGCACCCAGACAAUCGGAUCUGUGACUGUGCGUGAGGACUGCAAUCUUCAGUUAGAUGCUCUGAAAUGCCAGCAUGGGAUGCUGGAGACCGUGCAGGAUAUAUCGAAGCUGCCUCUCCAGUGGACGGCUGGCCAGAAAACCUGUAAUGUGGGGGAAGGCUGCCAAGACACACUGAUGAUGAUAGAGAACGGAGCGCAGGUGAACUUGGUUCUCAAGAAAGGCUGCACUGCUGCAAAGGACCAAGCGGCAGAAGUCACGGAGCACAGAACUGGACCGGGGCUGUCUGUCACCUCCUACACCCGAGUGUGCCGUGAAAAAGACUUCUGCAAUGACCUGUCUACCACAGCCCCUCUCUGGGCUCCACCUCCAGUGACAGCCCCAGGGACCACACGCUGCCCCCUCUGCUUUUCUGAACAAGCCUGUGAGAAUGCACCAGAGCAGGUCUGCCCUGCAGGCAGCACACACUGCUACAGUGGAGUCCUCAGCCUCAGGGGAGAAGGGAUCAUCUCUGAUCUGAAGGUGCAGGGAUGUAUGUCCCAACCAGGAUGCAACCUGCUCAAUGGCACCCAAACAAUCGGACCCAUGGCUGUGAGUGAGGAUUGCAGUCCUCUGUCAGAUACUCUGAGCUGUUACAGGGGGGUCAUGUUUGAGCUUGGCAAGGACUUUGCCGAGGAAGCUGUCAAGUGGACAGCACCAGGGUCUCAGGUGUGCGCGCCUGAUGAGAUUUGUCAAGAGACGCUGCUGCUCAUAGAUGUAGGACAACGAUCAGCCCUCCUGUGGAGCAAAGGCUGCAGCAAUCCUGGGGCACAGAACAAUGUGGGUGUCUCCAUAUUCUCCCGGCACCCUGGGAUGCUGGUAGCUUCCUAUACCAGAUUCUGUUCUUCCCGCCUGUGCAAUGGAGCCGACAGCAGCAGAGUCCUUCUAAGCAUCCUCUCUCGGCCAGAUGUUCCUCCCCAGGGAGAUGUGCAGUGCCCCAUGUGUGUAGAGUUAUUUGGAACCUGCAAGAGCACUAACUCUGUCCCCUGCCCUCGGGGUGCCACUCACUGUUAUAAAGGUCAUAUUGCGCUACAGGGAGGUGGACUGUCUGCCUCAGUGAGCAUUCAAGGGUGCAUGGCCCCACCUAUCAAACCCUUACUGGGUGACUCCAAAACAAUCGGGAUCUUCUCAGCAGAGGAGAGCUCUGACUAUCAACGUGAGGACGGUGGUACCUCGGCCCCUUCCCUGGCCUGGACUUUAGGGCUAUCGGCCUGGAUGUUAGGGCUAUCGGUUCUUCUUGGCUCCUUGUAUGCUGGGAUCUGUCCUCUCUGCUGAACCCAUUUCCUGGCCAUUCUUGGCCACCCAGACCCAGCCCUUCUCUGACUUCAUAACCCAAAGACCUGAGGCUGGGCACUGUCGGCCUGUGCUGUCAGGUGCCCACAUCCCUCACCCACACACCUCUGCCCCCUCAUGUUUAGACAUGGGAGCCACUGAACUCACCUGGCUCCAGAGAAGACAACCACACAUUGACCACAUGUGGAAAAAUAAAGUUGCUGUUGUUUCUCC